AUGCGAGACCCAUCUUCGAGCAAGACCAUUACCACGCUCAAAUCACCGAUCAGUUCAUUGCAGUUGCCCGCAUUCUCGGAUGUCGUUCAAGUCGAAGCAUCAGAUGCUGAUAUCGGUUUGAAUGGACAGAUCUACUAUUCACUUCUGAAUCAGUCAGCUGAUUUUAUGAUUGAUCCGUUGACCGGAUGGAUAAGAACGUUGANAUCGGUUGAUGCAGGAACGUAUCAUUUGCGCUUGUUGGCCGAAGAUCGGCAGUCCCGACUGUUUUAUCGUCAAGGCAGUGAUGAUGAGGAGCAGGAGCGAUUUCCAGCGGCCAUUGUUUUGAAUGAAGCCAAAGUGGUAAGUUCCGUUCCAUCAAUGCAAACCAUUUCUAUCAACUUAUUCUGGCUAUGCGAUUCCUGUCGAAGUGUAACAUUACUUCAAAAUUUGAAAACGAUCAAAGUGAAUGAAUCAAAAGCGUUGAUGCCUCAAAUUGUUUUCGAACGUAAACCAAUCCGUAGCGGUUCGCUGAAUGAUUCUCAAUUAGUUGCAAUCAUACGAGUGAGCGAUGUUCAAGAGAGUGAUGAUGUUAUGGUCGCACUGUUGAAUAGUGAUUAUUCGCAUGCAUUUCGAAUCGAUAAAGAAGUGAUAGGCGGCGCAUGGCGAUUGGACACUAUUUCAGGUUACCGUCUACCAACGAAUUUAACACUGUCGUUGAUCGCAAAAGUUAUUGGGUCGCCUCAACGGAAUUGUACGGCAGAAAUUGAAGUUGAAUUCGACGAGAAACGUAGUGUGAGGUUUUCGAAUGUGGACGGAACACUUCAUUUGAACGUUAAUGAAUCAGUUCCAAUCGGCUUCGUGCUGAUCACAGUUCAAGCGUACGUCACUAAUGGCUUUGUCGAAGACAGUCGUCGCUUGAGGUCAGCAAUCACAUUUUUUGCUAUGCAUCGCUGCUAG